AUGGUGAAACGGUACCUUCUUCGUCUUUUGUUGCCUUACUAUCCGUACACAGGAGACCUAGCUCGAAGCCGGCCACCCAAUACAGAGUACCAAUUAGAUAGUAUUCGUAGUAUGUCCCGCAGUCAUCCCAAGCCAGCAGAUCCACCCUGCAAGGAUCCACUCCUAGAGUUUGGGAUGGAUGCUUUGCGGCAUCGAUUCAAUCACAAGGUUGCCGAGAUUGUUGGACAGGGAAGGAAGUCGGGAUAUGCUGCAAUCAGUGCGGUGACACAAUCACGCCAGUUAUUGCGAGUGGCUCCCGCCGAGGACAGGCCCCAUCCGAUCCUCACCUGGAGAUUGGGAACACCUCCGAUAGGGCGUUGUACACCCACUGAUGAUGCAAAGAUCCUCGCAGUCCUCAAUGGUGGCUGUGAUAAGAGGAUCGGGGAACCAUCGGCCGACGGGGGUGGCGAUAUUCAGGCAGAAACGAAAUUGAUUGCCACGUUCAAAGUUCAGGACGACCACGGAUGCUUGCGUGGGCCAAUUUACACUCCGCAGCUGAACAGUAAGGCACGUGUGAUUGGGCGGUCGGAGGACUGGACAGCCUGA